AGUCGCUCGGCCUGGUAGUGUCCCUAAACCCGAUAUGUAGUCCGAUAGUCCAUUUGCGUUUGUGUGUGUGCGCCGCAUGUGUGUGUGUGUGUGUGUGUGUGUGUGUGUGUGUGUGUGUGUGUGUCGUGUGCGCGCGCACACAUAACGUGUAGUAGUUUUUUGUCGUCUAUUGUAGAGUUUGUAUAGAAAAUAUAAAUAUUAUAUUUUUAUAAAUAAUAACAUAAUAUUAUGUGCGUACGUUUUUGUUGUUAAUGACGUAAAAAAAUAUCGUAUUUGAUCGGUUUGGCCGCCCGGACGCCGCGGUCGACGCAUCGGCUUCACUCUCACUUCUUUCGAGUUUGACCCCCACAGACGCGAUAAUGACCGUUGUUUGUUCCUCUAUAACGUCCUGGACACAAUGUCGUACGACGUCAAAAGUGAUACACGGCAUGGAGGGCGACGGGACUUCUAGAGGGGUGAUAAGACCCGCCCCGGCACAUAUCAGGACCAUUACGACGUCGGGGCUCAUAACCACCGUGCCUAAUAUCGAAGGGCAGACCAGGAACGAGAGCAAUGCGGCAGACACCAUGUCGCAGUUAAAAGUGCAACAACAGAGAGACUUUGGACACAACGGAUUAUCUAGAAACUGUACUCCCGAUAAUACGGAAUGCGUACCGACGGAGGUGCUUAUGGACGGAUUCAAUGAAAACGGCACUCCGGCUGCACACACGCCCGAAGAGGCUGCGUCACCAGACGAAUACCAAAAGGACCAUAGUCCGCCCGCAGAAGCUAUCCGACUGCGGAGAAAUGUGGAUGGUACCGAAGUGAAUUUGCAAAUACCGAUGGAAAAGUUGCCCACAUUUCAUGGGUACGUCGCUACCACUGAAUUCCCAAACCAUAAUCAGAGAUAUCAGCGGAUCAGAUACUUGGAGUAUCGAGGACAGUCGCCUGAAGAUGGCAGUGGUGGCGGCGGAGGUGGUUUUGAACAGCCCCUGAUCAAGUACGAGCAUCAUCAGCAACAGCAACAGCAAAAUAAAAUGGAUCCGAAUUCCAGUUAUGUAACUCUAGAGUCGGUUACGGACGUCUAUCAACAGCAGCAGCAACAACAGCAGCAGCAGCAACAACAACAACAACAACAACAACAACAACAACAACAACAACAGCAACAGCAGAAUUACCAGCAACAGAACACGUACCAGACAUACCAAACGUACGAAAGCGAACAACCAGUGAACGACAUAUUCAACAUUUAUGACAAGGAGAGCCAUGGCGGUGGCGGAGAUUACGGUGUAAAGGCCGGUCACCAGAAGGGUGGUUACGUUCAACAGACCCUGAUGCAGCAACAACAACAACAGCAGCAACCCGAGUAUCAAGACGACGUCAACGGUAGUGGUGGCGGCGGGGGUGGUGGCGAGGGACAACCGGAUUUCUGGGGACACCAUGAGCAACAGGUGGCAGACUUCACAACGGCGGCAAACGAAACUUUAGCAGCAGCCAAUGCGCUGCAAAUUCAAGAAGUAGGCCUAGGACCCCCGGAUGGAAGCAUACAGGUGACUCAGCAGUAUGCCAUUUUCCAGACCGGUAACCCCGGACCGUCGUGGAUCGACGAACACUACGAUCAAAAUGGUAUCCUGAACGUGGACAUGAAGGAAUGCGUGAAUUGCGCAGCCAACGUGACGCCCCUGUGGCGAAGGGACGGCACGGGCCACCAUCUAUGCAACGCGUGCGGCUUGUACAACAGGAUCAACGGAGUGAAUCGGCCGCCGGUCAGGUCCGCGCAAAAGAAAACCACCCAACAAACAGGAAACAAACGUUCCGGAGUGGCCUGUGCUAACUGCUCGACAAAUACGACGACUCUGUGGAGACGAAACAACAACGGAGAACCUGUGUGUAACGCUUGUGGUCUCUAUUUCAAAUUGCACAACGUCAAUAGGCCGUUGACGAUGAAGAAAGACGGCAUACAAACGAGAAAAAGGAAACCGAAAAACCCGUCCAUCGGUGGUUUCAGCCAAAAUUCGUCGUCUAAAGAGAAAGGAGAAGUAACAACAAAGCUUCUACUUCCUCACUUGUUUACUAAUUCUUCGGAUAACAAACAUCAACACGGACAUCUUAGUUACGAUCAAGCUGUGAUGACAUCACAAGAACACUUCCUGCCUCACGGCUCUCAAAUUCACAUCCCUUCAUUACCCCCACCGCCAACAAACCUUAACCGUCAUACAUCUAAUAAUGGGCAAUCGAUGGAACAAUUGGGUUCUAGAGACAUGCUGACCACUGUGAUCACUUCUACCGGAAAUCAAAAUGUAAGAGACGAUUAAUUGCCAACCGGUAAACGGUAUAUUAUUAAUAUAUUAAUGCAGUAGGUACUUUUAUGAGCAAUCCUGUUCAAUUUAGUAUUACUGUAUAGAAUAUUCGUUCAUUUGCAAAUUUAUAUAUUCAAAAUAUGUUAUAUAAACAUAGUUUGUUAUAACAAUGUGAUCAUGCACUGUAAGUCUGUAAAGUGAUAAUGGAUGAUAAUUAUAUAUUAUAUAUAUAUAUAAUCUUAUACGGUUUUGUGAUGAAAAUAUAGCUAAUUGUUUAUUUUAUUUAA